GUGUUAAAAGAUCAUACAUAGAAAUGAUAGGUGAUUUGCCACCACCAUCGAUGCUUGGAGCUCCUAAAGAAUGGUUUAAACUACAGAAAUGUAAUCCUAUCGAUCAUCCCAUCUGUCUUAAUCAUCGUCCACCCGAGGCUUCUAGCACUAUAUCUGUUAGUUUAUAUAGUCCUAUUUUUGGUAAAUUUAAGGGUUUUUGUGAGGAAGAUCCAGAAAGAGAAGACAACCAAUUUACUUAUAAAUUUUGUUAUGAAAUGGCCAAAUAUUAUAAAAGAGAGGAAGAUUGCCAAGAUGAGGCAAAUAAAAUGCUUGAAAAAUAUCUCGGUCCUUCGGUGGAAUUACUUACAGUUAAACACAAAAGUUCUGAUGGCAGUUUAAAAGAUGCAUAUACCGACGGCACUAUGUCCUUUUCUAACUCCGGUACUUCUCCUUAUUUAGAAAAUUGUAGCUAUUAUUUAGUUUUUUGCAACGAACAAGCAAAUAGACCCUCAUUUGAUGAAACUAAUCUUCCAUACUUUUUAGUUACAAUUGCAGGGCUUUAUUUUUCUAUUUCCGGAGCCGUGCUUGCAGAAUAUGCAAUUAAACAUGAUAAAAUGACGUUAUCACUUUCUAGAACAUUUCGUGCUUUGAAGAAAUCUCUCAAAAUUCUUAAUCAUUACUAUAAGCAAGUUGAUGAGCAAGCUCAAAAAAUACCUCAAACAAUCAACCUUGAGCAUCCUUUAUUCCCUGAAGUAACAAUUGAUGAUAAAUGUUAUAGCGUUCAGAUUAUUCGUCAGAUUGGUAAUUAUCUUUUUUGGGAAGUUACUCUCUCUAAUGAACAAGGACCAACUAAAAAAGCCUACGUAAAGGCUAUUCAAAAGCGCAAAUAUUCACUUAAUACACAUCAGCUCUUAGCAGAAGCUGGAUAUGCUUCAAAAGUCUUCGUUACUUCAGUUAUUCCUGGAAAUUAG